UGUUUUUGAUUUCUCCAUUCCGCCAGCAGCAGCAUGUGCAUGCAAUCUUUGUCCUUACGCUGCAAUUCAAGUCUGCGAUUUGGAUGUGCGCUUCGAUCGCCAGUGCUCACCGGCGCUGCCAGCGCCGACGAAAGGCAUCCUGACAAUGAUGCAAACAAGCUUCUCCAACGCCAUCACUCCUCCAAAUUCUCGCCUAAGCUCUGUAAGUCCUGCACGGAAGUCUCCUCCAGCGCCUCCUGGAUCUCGCUGCUUAUGACGAUAGCAGUCGUCAAUCUGGUGAAAGUGGCCAGUGCUCAACGAGAAAUUGCUCCAUUUUCACUCUUCUUUUUCCUCUUUUUCCUCUUCUCCUUCCUCUCGCAGCGCAGACUUCCCAGGAGAAAUGCCUAGUGAAAGCUUGCGCUUAUAAAUUCUGUGCAGCGCUGCCCACUGCUGCUACUGCUGCUGCACUGAGCAACUGGAAUUGUCUCUGGAAAGAUCUCCGAUUUCGUUUGUUGGAGCUGCUGCGCUCCAGUCUCCAGUUGAUGCAUGCACACAUUCUCUCAUUCUCUUCCAGCCUUUAGGAGUGAAGCAAGCAAGUAAAACUUAUAGUGUGUGUCCUUCAGUCCUUUGGUCCUUUGCUUGCACCGAGCUUUCCUUUUUUAUACUUUAUUUCUUCUCUUUCGCGAAGUUGUUCCUUCUUCUGCAAUAAUCUGUUUUUUUCCUUCUUUUUCUUCACUUUUUCUAUUUUCUCGUAACCAGUUUCCCCCGUCGCAUGGGGCGACACUCGUGUUGCCAGAAACAAAAGCUUCGCAAAGGUUUGUGGUCGCCCGAGGAAGACGAGAAGCUUGUCAAGUGCAUCACCACUUACGGCCAUGGCUGCUGGAGCAAUGUACCUCGGCUUGCUGGACUGGAGAGAUGCGGGAAAAGCUGCAGAUUGAGAUGGAAGAAUUACCUCCGCCCCGAUCUCAAGCGCGGUGCUUUCUCGCUUCAAGAGGAGAAACUCAUCAUCGAUCUUCAUGCGAUCGUUGGCAACAGGUGGUCGCAAAUCGCUACACAGCUCCCCGGCCGCACCGACAAUGAGAUAAAAAACUUUUGGAACUCGUGCAUCAAGAAGAAGCUCAAGCGCCUGGGGAUAGACCCAAAGACUCACAAGCCCAUAAUGAACGACGCGGCGGGCUCGAGCAUCGGCAAGAAUUUGCCACAGUUCCCUCCCUGCGACGACAUCUCUUCCUUCAAAUCCGGCUCCGCCGAGUCCGAGUCCUCGCAGUCCCAACCGGGCGAUCACAGCGACCUCAAAUCCUCCAAGCUCUACCCCUACAACAUCAAUCUCGAAGCCCAUCCUCGCUUGGGCCGCAGCUUCUCCGACACCAAACUCCUCCGCAAUCCAGCACUGGUUGGCGAGCUGCAAAUCAAUCACCACGAGAGCUGCAACUCCAGGAGCGUCGUCAAUCCACUUGCAUCGCCUGGAGUGGUGAAUUCAGAAGGAGGAGGAGGAGCUGCGAGAAUUCUGUUGAGGAACUUCUCCGAUUUGAGCAACGUGUCGAGGGAUUCCAGGAUUUACAACGAGUGGAUGAUCACCAGGCCCGGCGUGGAAGAUCACUCACCUCUAGUUCCAGUAGCCAGUCACAGUGCUAACGAAGCGAUCUUCUCGAGCCCACUGCAAAGCAUGAGACCGGAUAAUCACUGGGCUAGUACUCCAUCAGGCCGCGGCAGCUACAAUCCAGACUUUGAUCAUCGCUCAAGUACUAGUACUUUCGAUGGGAAUCCGGCAGGGGAGGAGCACCAGGGGGAUGAGAUGAGGCAGCAAUUCCCCGGGAGCACCACUGGCGCUGUUCUUCCGGCCAUCGUGCAUUUGAAUUACAACAACGCUUUCGCUACUCACACCGGAUCCAAUUUCAUGUAUCAAAUCUGCGAUGCAUCGCCGCCAGCGGUGGCUUCCUUUGAUCACCACCACCACCAUCACCCGCAGUAUCAGCAGCACCAGCAACAGCCUUACGAUCUGGCGGCCGUUGACUUUGCGCUGACGAACGACGGUCAGAGCAGGUCAACGCAGUUUGACAGUGGCAUGGGUUUUACGUUCGGCGGUGGUGGCGGAGGAGGUGGCGGCGCCACCACCGCGUCAAAGAUUCCAAGUUUUGAUUCCGGCAUCAAGUCCGAGCUGGCGGCUUCCGAUUGGCAGUCAUCCUUGGCAGCGGCGCUACAACACAUGUGAGUGAUGAAAAGAAAAUGUAUAUAAAUUUUACUUACACAGGCACACAUACAUGUAUACCAUCCAUUCAUUCACUCGAUCGAGCUCGACAAAUAAAACCAUGUGACUACAUUUUUAUUUC